CAGCUCAACCCCGGAGCUUACUAAAACUACUGUGACGACAGUUAUGCUCUUAAUCCUCGCCUAAAACUACUUCCCCCCACCGCUCCUCUCUCUCCGGCGACCGGUAACGGUCAUCGCCGAUCACCCUCUCUCCCUCACCCUCACCCUCACCCUCACCCCUCUUUCUCUCUCUGAAAGCAACAUUAUAUAUCUGUCUCUGCCUCCGCCAUUGAAGGUUGCUUCUGAAUUUUGCUUCUGAUUUGCUCAACCAGUUGGACGCUUGGGAUGCCCUGUGACUGGAGCUGCUGAUCGUCUUGUUGCAGGGGUUUGAUGGAGGUGUUACGGUGUAAUGGCCGGGAAUUAGGGUAUCCUGAGCAAUGAAAAGCGACCUGUACAUCAAUUUCACGCAAUGGUAGCUGCCGUGUCAACAACGAUAAACCCUAAGGCAACAGCGACUCGUUCGAACCCUACAAGGCCGCCUCUGCUCCCCUCCGACCCCGACAAUGCUCUCCCUCCUCCUCGCCGGCCCAAGUCCCGGGAGGUCACCUCUCGCUACAUGUCCUCCACCUCGUCCUCCUCGUCCUCGUCCACCUCUUCUUCGUCUGCUGCCUCUUAUUCCUCGAAACGGUGCCCCUCGCCCGUGAUCUCAAGGACGGCGAGCUCGGCGUCCAGGAUGAUGCCGUCCCCAGCUGCUUCAGCGGUGAUCAAGCGGUCCCAGUCAGCCGAGCGGCGGCGUCCUGCCACUCCCCGGUCGAAUUCAGUGGAUUUGAGGGGUGCGAGCGGUAGAGCAGGCAGCGGUGAAGUGAACUCUGCGCAGAAGAUGCUGCUCACUUCAGCUCGGAGCUUGUCAGUGUCUUUUCAGGGUGAUUCGUUCCCUCUCCAAGUCAACAAAGCAAAGUCAGCUAUCUCUCGGUCUCCUUCUCCGAGCACUCUGAGGAGAGGCACGCCAGAGAGGAGAAAGCCAGCAUCAGCAGCGACCACGCCAGCGCCCGUGGAGCAGCACCGAUGGCCAGCAAGGUUGCGUUCACCGAAUGCACUGAGUCGGAGCGUGGAUAUCACGGAUGAGAGGAGGAAAUUGGGCGGAUCUAAAACGGGGAGUGUGGUCAGGGCACUUCAAAGCUCAAUGAUCCUUGACGCCAGGUCUUCCCUGGAUACAAGAUUGUCUAGCUCGAAAUUGAACAAUGCAGGGUCGAGGAAGCCGGCUGAGGUUAACGGUGUAAACAAUGCAGGAACCAGAUUGGAUGCAACCAGUGAUUGUCUCUCCUCGGAUAGUGAAAGUGGUGGUGGCAGCAUCAAUGGCAGCAAUGCACUGCGUGGACCAAGGGGUAUUGUAGUGCCGGCGAGGUUUAUGCAGGAAAUGAAUAACAGAUCGCGGCGGCAGAUGGAACCUGGCUCACCGGUGUCAAAGAACAAUGUAUUGAAAACUAUGGCCUCCACACCAAAAUCAACCGGUCCAAAGAAGCCGGGUUUUGACAGUCCUGUGUCUUCUCCUAAAGGGAUUUUGAAUACUAGGGGACAGUCUCCGAUUCGUGGGGCAGUUCGUCCUGCUUCGCCAAGUAAGCUGUCGAGUUGGGCAGCCUCAUCUCCAAGGGGAAUGAGCCCUUCUCGGGUGAGGGGUGCUGUAGGGGAAACUUUGGCUGAUAAUGGUAAUACCAUUGGGAGCACGCCUUCGAUUUCGAGUUUCGCUGUUGAGGUUAGGAAAGGGAAAAUUGGGGAGAAUCGCAUUUUUGAUGCACAUGCUAUGAGGCUUUUGCAUAACCGGCUUUUGCAAUGGCGAUUUGUGAAUGCCAGAGCAGAUUCAGCUCUAUCUGCACAGCAAGUGAAUGCAGAGAGAAGCCUCUACAAUGCCUGGGUGAGUAUUACGAGGCUGCGUGAAUCUGUUCAAACCAAAAGAUUUCAGUUACAACUGCAAAGGGAAAAUAUGAAGCUUGCAGCCAUUCUCAAGGGACAGAUGGUUUACUUGGAAGAAUGGGCUUCUGUUGAACGAGAUUACUCAAGUUCAUUGGCAGGGGCUACUGAAGCCUUGAUGGCUAGCACUAUUCGUCUCCCCAUCACUGGAGCAAAGGGCGACAUCCAAAAGAUGAAGAAUGCUAUUUCUUCAGCUGUUGAUGUGAUGCAGGCAAUGGCAUCAUCUAUAUGCUUGCUGUUAUCAAAGGUUGGCAAUGUGAACAAUUCGGUCACUGAACUCGCAAAUGUGGUGGCAAAAGAGCGUGCAUUGCUGGACAAGUGCCGAGACCUUUUGUCGGCUGCUGCAGCUUUGCAGGUGAAGGAACAAAGCAUGAGAGCUCACGUUUUACAGCUAAGCUCUGUACCUGCAAGUUGUCAAACAGAAUCACGAGACACACGUUGCUCGGUUACAUCUAUUUAGGGCUUCGAUAACUUCCGAUCCGACUCCAUUUUUGUGCGUAGCAGCAGCCACUUUGGGGUAUCUGCACUUGCAAAGAGGGGAAGUAAUUUCGAGCAUCAAUUCCACAUUUAGGUUAGAUUUUAAAUUUAAAUACGAUUUUCUUCUUCUUUGGGUUGUUAUAGGCGGGAGGAAAUUGUACAUAAAUUUCUUACUUGAAGCUUACUCGGUGGAAGGGGAAAAGAGGGGGAAAAAAAAAAAGCGAAAGAGAGAAAGAAAAGCUUAUGUAAUCCAGCGCGUUCCUCUCAACUGCAGUUCUUGCUGCUACAUGAAAGAUACUCUUUGUGAUGCUUACAUAUAUCAGUGCAAUAUUGCUCGAUCUAUUCUC